AUGCUCAUCACGCUGUGCUACCUGUACCUGUGGGCGCGCUGGGGGCGCCGGCCGGCCGCGCUCGUGCGCGCCACGGUGCGGCGGCUGCGCGCCUCGCGCUGCUCCUUCACCUUCUGCGGCGCCGCCGCGCAGCCCACCGGCGCCCGCGUGUGCCUGAGCCUCGGCGGCCGCGUCUUCUGCGUUGGCGAGAGCCAGUCCAUUGAAGACUUGAACAAAUGGGCCCUAUUUCUUGUUUCUCCUUUUAUACUUGAAGCAGAACACAUAGCAUUUGUGACAGAGAGCAUUUGGGUACAAGGUGAGAAUUUACAGAGAUCGUCUUCCUCUUCAGAAACAAUUGUAAAGUGGUCAGACUGUUGCCUGCCAUUAGCUUGCAGACCUGGGGAGCCUUACCAAUUAAUUGCUGAAGCAAGUGUGGACGAUUUCAGCAAGCUGGGGGUGGCGUUCAUGGAAGACAGACUCCAGAUGGAUAAUGGCCUCGUACCCCAAAAGAUCGUUUCGGUGCACUUGCAGGACUCUACUCUGAAGGAUCUUAAGCAUCAGGCCUCAAACAAGCAAGCUCAAAUCCUGCAGCCGAACCCUGAACCUUCUCUUGAGAUUGAGCCCAAGCAGGACAUCAUGGAGCAUGUUGGCAAAGAUGGCCCGAAGGUUCUUGGUGAAGAACCCAAGCAGAGGAGAGGCAGUGCCUCUGGGAGCGAGCCUGCUGGGGACAGUGACAGGGGAGGGGGCUCCGUCGAGCAUUAUCACCUCCAUCUGUCUAGUUGCCACGAGUGUUUGGAACUAGAGAACAGCACCAUCGAGUCGGUCAGGUUUGCAUCUGCAGAGAACAUUCCAGAUCUUCCUUACGAUUACAGCAGCAGUUUGGAGAGCGUUGCUGAUGAGACCUGCCCUGAGAGAGAAGGGAGGAGAGUCAACAUCACGGGAAAGGCACCCAACAUCCUAGUCUAUGUGGGCUCCGACUCCCAGGAAGCCCUCGGCCGGUUCCAGCAGGUCCGAUCUGUCCUGGCCGACUGUGUGGACACUGACAGUUACAUUCUCUACCACCUGCCGGAGGAAAGUGCCCUCGGAGACCCCUGGCCAGACAGCUGUCUGUUGUUGGUCGUUGCCACCAGCGAGUCCAUUCCCGAAGAUCUGUACCAGAAGUUCAUGGCCUACCUUUCUCAGGGAGGGAAGGUGUUGGGCCUGUCUUCGUCCUUCACAUUUGGUGGCUUUCAGAUGACAAGCAAGGGUGUACUGCAGAAGACAGUCCAGAACUUGGUUUUCUCCAAGUCUGACCAGUGUGAGGUAAAGCUCAGCAUCCUAAGCAGUGGCUACGUUUACAGGGAGGGCCCCGGAGAGCAGCUUAGCCUGGGCAAGCUCCAGGGCCACCUAGAGAACGAGGACCAGGACAGGAUGAUCAUCCAAGUGCCUUCUGGAACACACGGAGGAGAAGCUGUUCUUUGCCAGGUGCACUUAGAACUACCUCCCAGCUCUGCCAUAGUGCAAACUCAAGAAGAUUUUAACUUGCUUAAGUCGAGCAAUAUUAGAAGAUAUGAAGUCCUUAAAGAGAUUCUCACAACCCUUGGCCUAAGCUGUGAUAUGAAACAAGUUCCUGCCUUAACACCUCUUUACUUGCUGGCUGCCACGGAGGAAAUCUGGGACCCCCUCAUGCAGUGGCUUGGGAAACAUGUGGAUCCUGAAGGAGAAAUAAAAUCCAGCAAGCUCUCUCUUAAAUUUGUUUCAUCCUGCGCGUCUGAGAUAGAAAUAACCCCGUCCUCUAUACCUGUGGUUACUGACACGGAGGCCUUCUCAUCAGAAAAUUUUAACUUAGAGAUAUAUCGGCAAAAUCUGCAGACCAAGCAAUUUGGAAAAAUAAUUCUGUUUGCCGAAGUGACUCCCACGACCAUGAGUCUUCUGGAUGGGUUGAUGUUUGAGAUGCCGCAGGAAAUGGGAUUAAUAGCGAUCGCAGUCCGGCAGACCCAGGGCAAAGGGCGUGGAAGGAACGCGUGGCUGAGCCCCGUGGGAUGCGCCAUUUCUACUCUGCUCAUCUCCAUCCCACUGAGAUCGCAGCUGGGCCAGCGGAUUCCGUUUGUCCAGCAUCUGAUGUCCCUGGCUGUCGUGGAAGCAGUAAGGUCCAUUCCCGGGUAUCAGGAUAUCAACCUGCGGGUGAAGUGGCCCAACGACAUUUAUUACAGUGACCUCAUGAAGAUCGGUGGAGUUCUGGUUAACUCAACACUUAUGGGAGAAACGUUUUAUAUACUUAUUGGCUGUGGAUUUAAUGUGACUAACAGUAACCCUACCAUAUGCAUCAAUGACCUCGUCGCAGAGUACAACAGGCAACACAAGGCAGAACUGAAGCCCUUAAGGGCCGACUGUCUCAUCGCUAGAGCCGUGACCACGCUGGAGAAACUGAUCGACACCUUUCAGGACCAAGGGCCCAGUGGCGUUCUUCCCCUUUAUUACAAAUAUUGGGUACACAGCGGGCAGCAGGUCCGGCUGGGAAGUGCUGAGGGCCCAGUGGUGUCUAUAGUCGGCCUGGACGACUCUGGCUUCCUGCAGGUUCAUCAGGAGGGCGGCGAGGUCGUAACUGUGCACCCCGACGGCAACUCCUUCGACAUGCUGCGGAACCUCAUCCUCCCCAAGCGGCAGUAGCGCCCGGGCCUGGGGCCUGGGGCCUGGGCCCGCCGCCCUGACUCGGCCCGGCCCCGCGCUUGCAAGUGCAGAACCACCUCCCGGGCGUUCUGCCUCCGUCCGGGCCGCCUGCCCUGGCCCCUCUGGAAACCCAAUUUAGGGUGGAGGUGAAGUUUUUCUUCCACCAGUCCAUUUGUUAACUCUUUAAUUUUUUAAUUACUUUUUGGGUUUUUUUUUUUUAAGGUUUGUUUUGUUGUUAUAAUUUUAUUUGGUGUUUGAAGAGGCUCUGGGAUAGAGGGUGGAUAAAUGGAAGAUUCAGCUUAGGUGAAGCCCCUCCCAUAGGUGCGAAAUCGCUCUCCCCUCUUGGAUUUAUGUUUACUGGGUUGGGGGGUGGGUACGUGGAAACAGCAGUGGAGUAAUUCAAAUAUUUUCCCAGUAGUGGAGACCUUUACCCCUAGACUAUUAAAAAACAAAUCAAAAAAUGCUCUUGGGCCCAGGCCAGUGGUGAGUUAGAGGUAUGAUGGUAUCACUGUUCAUAAGCAUCUAGGGAGGGAUUUUCCUGUAAGAACAUACAUUGGCACUUAGUCAUUGUUUUAUUUAUUUAUUUCUUUUUUUUGGUUAAUGGAGAAAAGAGAAAGCAGAGUUCUGAGAGCUACUCUCCACCUGGUGGUGGCGUGGUCCGCUAACAGUGUCUAAAUGCCUGUAGGGAUACAUCUAGCUGGUACGGGUGCAGUGACCUGUAGAGGAAAUCAGUUAAUUGCUUUGACAUUAUUUUAUGAGCUCUCCUUUCCCAAGUUUAAAUUUACUGCAUAUUGCGAAGAGAUGGCAUCAAACUCAAGAUCCUUAGAGCAUCGAUUAGGCAUUGCCUAGACGUGGGGGUGGACGACUUGGCUCUGACAGCUGGAGAUGAAGGCUCACUCUCACACCACAUGCCAGGGAGGAUUUGGAGCUUUUAAGCCAGUUUCAGGUUCGCUUUGAAAUGCGGAGCAUUCCUGCAAGACUGCAGUGCACAGAAUGUAGAAUACAUGGCAUUUUAUUUGUAAGUCAUAAUCUUUCUUUUACUUUUUCCUUAAAUUGCCAAGAAAGCAAGCAUUACUGAUACUGAAUGCCAUCAGUUCAGAAAGAGGAUGUGUGUAUGUGCACACGUGCCUGCGUCAUGUGUGUGCUCACACAUAGCAUUAAAAGACGACAGUCAAAAUCUGAUCCACUAACAGUCUCCAUGGAAGAACAAAAGAAAGGAAGCCUUUUGAUAUACGUUUGCUAUUUCCAGAUGUACUCCAUGCCUUUUCCAUGUAAUUCCUAUCUCUGUUGAACUUAUAAAUCAUACCCAUUACUUUACAGCCUUAAAAGGACAAUUUUUGUCCACUUUUCUCUCUUCCUGCCAGUCCCAACUGAAAUUAGUGGAAAGAAAGUUUGAUGGAGCUUUCAGCUUUGAACAAAAUCCCUUCAUUGUAAACUAGCACCAUCUUUAUCCAGGUCUUACCCAGUCAGGCUAAUUCCAGCAACUUGUGGUUUUCAGUGUAAAAUCUGUCUACCUUUAGCUGGGCACAGACAGCCCCAUAGGAAGAAAAAAAAAUAACAUGUUUAGUUAAAUACACCAACUCAAUAUGUAUAUUUUGGAAACGUAACUUUAAAAGAACUUAAAGUAAUUUUUGCAAAUAAGGCUUCAGGUAGAAAUAUUUUUCUAAAAAAAUAAAGUCACUCUCUCUUAAA